AUGAUUAGAGGUGCAUUUUUAUCGAUAUUUGAUUCAACGUUUGCUGUUUUCACACUAAGAGGAUCACAGUUGGUUAAUGCUGAAAUUUGGCGAAUAUUGACACAUUCAUUCCUUGAACGAAAUAUUUUUUUAAUUAUGUUGUCAAUUUGGUGUCUUUAUCGAGCAUUUUUAAUGUUCGAAACUGAUUGGGGUACAUUGGAACUUAUCAAAUUUUUGCUUAUUGUGCAGUUAAUUUCAAUUUAUAUUUAUUUACUUGUUCGGCAUUUUCUUAUUCAUUCAAAUUAUUUGAUACUUUCAUCAUUUCUUGUUGCUGCAAUUACUUUACUGAUAUAUUUAUUAGCUUAUGAGUAUUUUUUCUUUUAUUACAUGGAUAUAAUUGGUUUAGCAUCAGCAUGUGCUGGCAUUCUUGUUGCUAUAAAACAAGUAAGUGUCGGAAGCUUUUUAUAUUUGUUCCCAAUUAGUAAGCAGAUCAUCAUUAAUAUUCUAAAGUUGGCUCUUUUUUUGGUCGUGUAUUUGCCUGAUUCUAUAUUAUUUACGACACCAGUUGGACGGAUCAAAAAUGGGCAUCUACCAAUUUUAUCAACUUUUAUUUCCGUUAUAUUCGUUUUAAUUGGUCUGUUAAGGGGAAUUGUUAUUCUUCAAAUUAUAUUUGGCAUUCAGAUUAGUUGGACAUAUUUAAGAUUUUUCCAAAUCCAUGAGCCGAAUGAACCUAAAGGAGACUUGAGCGAACAUUUUUGUUGGUACACUUUUCGCAAAUUAUUUCCAUCUAAAGUUCAACCUUUGAUGAAUAUAUUUUCGUGCGCCAUAUUCGGCUUACUUGUGCGUCUUCAACUAUGUAAACCGUUUGUUCGUCAUAUAGAUAUAGCGCAUUUGGACCAUAUUAAUGUGCUACUUCCUGGUUUACAAACUAGAGAUACUGAAAGGCGACGGCAAAAGGCGCUUCGUGAUUUGACUGAAAGGCUAAGUCGUGUUCAAAGAAUAGAAACAGGUGUUUGGCCCGAAAUGGACGAUAUUGAUGAGAAUACGCAAGUCAUUCAGGCUGCCGUUCCUCAGAUUCCUUUGGCAAUUUCAGACCAGGCUUCGUUACAUGUUGUUGUUGAAGUACCAGAAAAUACAAAAGUUGUUGAUGAAGUGAAUGAGCAAAGGUCCAAUGAAAUCUCAUAA